AUGGUCCAUGAUAAUUCCAGUUGGACAAGUCAUGACGCUUUCAGAAAAGCCAUAUGGAUUGCUGUAGAUAUUCAACAACGAUUUUGGUAUAUUAAACGAUUUAUUCCAAUCCAUGUGAUUAAAGCAUAUCGUUAUAUGUGGAUAGUAGACGAUGAUGCCCAUCCAAUAUUUAAUCCGCGUCACUAUGAAUGCGUAACUGAUUAUUACAAUAUUUCAUUGUCUAGUCCUAUUUACGCUGGUGAUAUUCAAGGGGUACAUCAAAUUACACGACUAGUACCGGCGACUGCUUCUCGUAUAGGUCGAUGGACUGAUUUUGUUGAGAUUGGGCCGGUUGUAGUAGGGCAAACCGAUGCAUGGCAAUGUUUAUGGAAUGUGCUCAGUCCAGCAGUUGGAUUAGGAUACGGUCUUGAUAAUAUUUGGUGUAAAUAUCUUAGCUUUCAUUGCAUGCAACAAACAACUUUUGGAAAUGUAUGUGCUAUACUUGAUAUUUUCGGAUCCUAUCAUGAUUCUCCAUCAGGUAUGACAAGCGGAUGGUCAGGCGGUCAAGAAAUGCCAGCAUAUAAUGCUCAUUAUCAGAAAUAUAGUUCACAAAUUACAACAAUUGGACCGAUAGCUAAUGACCUUUCAGUUUACAACUCAUCUAUGUUACAUGAUUCAAUUAUGCCACUUGUUAUGCAAGUAAGUAUCUCAUAUACUUUUUAUUUUCUCAGUCUAUUCAAUAUAAAUGUUUUCGUUCCAUUGUAACAGGAUGAUUGGCAUUCACAUCUACAUUCAUCGAUUCAAUAAAAAUCUCUUUUGAAAGAAAUUUGAGUUUUUUGCUAUGAUAUCAUUGUAACACUAUUUAUUGCACCGGAUAUAUGUGAACCGGAAAAACAUGGCAUUGUUGCUGAUAUUCCAAUCAGUCCAGUGGCUAGACAUAAUUUGAAUCAAGUAAGUUAACAAAAAUAGAAAACACGCAAAUAAUUUUAAUAUGCAAAUUUUUUAAGAUCCAUUUUUCUGUGACACGUUGAUUUUAUCAUGUUUUUUACCGGGCUUUCUGUUUGAGAACAUGAUGGAAUCGCUAUGAAUCAUUAACUAUGAUAACUCUUACCCUCUCAUCCUCAAUCUUGUCGUUAUCGUCACAGUAACUAUGUUUACAUUUGUAAAGCUUCGAAAAAUGUUUUGGUGAUUAUAUCUGGAAUAAUUUCAAAGGUUCUUCUUCCCAUGUAUUUCUCAAUUCUGGUUGGCAUGUGACUACUAUUUGAUCCCAAAAUAAAAGUGAGGGAGACUGAUGUCUUAUAUCUCGUCUGUGAGUAGUACCGAUAAGGUAAUGCAUGCUGCAUGUAAAGAAAGCAUUCAUACUUGGACUUUCAGCGAAAACGUAUCCGUAGAUACUAACGCUGAUGCCAGAUCAUCGUUAGAGGCACACUAGCAUUAUGUGAAUCAGAUGCUCUGACUGCGCCGCUAUCUUCUGUGCGUCAAACAGAACCGAACCAAUAUUCGUUACAUCUUGAAAGUCAUCAAUGACAAUGCAAUCUAACACCGAGAAUACUCAACGUUUGCGAUGAUAUCAACCUUGAUGUGGAUUUCUGACUUUUGUGCGUUUUCAUUUUGGAAUCUUAGCAUAUAGUCAACACGUUUAAUCGAGCCGUUAUAUCGAAAAAGUACCCUGAUUUGAUUCAUUAUCUAAGAAGAUCCCUUCUUGAUACACAGAAUAAUUGAAAAACAACAUUUCAACUUUGCAACGGUAAAUGUGGGAAAAAUUUAUGUCUCUUUACUAUCAAUCACCGAUAUUGCUGUGUACUUACUCUGUAAAGUAGUUAUUGUUUUUUUAGUUACUCUGCUUUAAAAAAGUCAAAAAAAGCAGAUAUAAGCUGCAUAAACUGCGAGACUGAGAGUGAAAACGAUCCUCACAUCACAAUACGA